AUGGCUCUCCACCUCCUUCUGUCCCUUGCAACUCUCAACAAUUUCCUUCCCUCUGCUUCCUCUCGCAGACCACAUUCUGCCAUUCACUUGCUUAAGCCCGCCAUGUAUGUCACGCUUUGUUUUCCUUUUUCUCCCUUUCCCUUUUCUCUCUUUCCUUUUUCUCUUUCCCUUUUCUCUCUUUCCCUUUUCUCUAUUUCCUUUUUCUCUCUUUCCCUUUUCUCUAUUUCCUUUUUCUCUCUUUCCCUUUUCUCUUCCCUUUCUCUUUUUUUCUCUUUUCCUUUUCUCUAUUUACCUUUUCUCUUCCUUUUCUCUCUUUCCUUUUUCUCUCUUUCCCUUUUCUCUAUUUCCUUUUUCUCUAUUUACCUUUUCUCUCUUUCCCUUUUCUCUCUUUCCCUUUUCUCUCUUUCCCUUUUCUCUCUUUCCCUUUUUCUCUCUUUCCCUUUUUCUCUCUUUCCCUUUUAUUCGUCCCAUGAGUAUCACAUACUCCAGGCCAUCCUUGCUCAUUAUGUUCCAUAA